AUGGUCUUUUUCAAUGGUAGUACCUACAGACCCUUUCUGUUGAGUGGUUUCCCUGGUCUGGAAGACUCACAUCCAGUGAUUUCCAUCUUGUUUUGUGCCCUCUACCUGAUUGCCCUAAUGGGGAACAUCACCAUCUUGGUGGUUAUUCGGGUAGAACAGUCACUUCAUGCACCCAUGUACCUUUUUCUCUCCAUGUUGGCUGCUACAGACCUGGGACUCUGUGCUGCCACCCUGCCCACACUACUCAAGCUUUUCUGGCUUAAUAUUCGUGAAAUAGACUUUGAUGCCUGCCUCAUCCAGAUGUUCUUCAUUCAUGUGUUUUCCCUAAUGGAGUCAGGCAUCCUCCUCACCAUGGCUUUUGACCGCUAUGUGGCCAUCUCCGACCCACUGAGGUACACUACUAUUUUGACUGAUUCCACCAUUGCCAAGAUAGGUGUGGGGCUUCUGCUACGGGCUGUGGUUGUCAUCUUUCCAGGACCCUUUCUCAUUAAGCGACUCAGGUUUUGUAAGGCUAAUGUGCUCUCCCACUCCUACUGCCUGCAUCCAGAUAUCAUUAAGCUCUCCUGUUCUGACCACCGAAUAAAUAGCAUCUAUGGCCUCAUCAUCAUUCUCAUCACCUUUGGAGUAGACUCCGUACUCAUUCUCCUCUCUUAUGUGAAGAUUCUGAUCACUGUGCUAAGCAUUGCCUCCCGGGAAGAACAAUUCAAGGCACUUAACACUUGUGUCUCCCACAUUUGUGCUGUGCUGCUGGUCUAUGUCCCUAUGCUGGGGGUAUCCAUUAUCCAUCGCUUUGGGAAACAUGUUCCACCCCUGGUGCACAUUAUCAUGGGUUAUGUAUACCUACUGAUUCCUCCUGUUCUCAACCCUGUUGUAUACUGUGUUAAAACCCAGGAGAUACGUACCCGUAUUCUAGAAAUAAAUAUACAGUCCCAAAUUAUUUGUGACAUAAUCCACAAAUUAGACAAAAAAAAUCAAGGUCAUAUCUAA